AUGGCCUUCACUCGUCCAAAUAGUACUCCAUUUAUUGAAGGAGUUGAAAUAAAUCUAAAAUAUCUUUAUCGUCAAUUAGAAAAACACGAAAAUUCUAAACCUCAUGAUAGUGCCUGUAAAAUAUACUUCAAUAUUUCAUCAGGGAAAACAAUGACACAUUCACUUUUAAGUCAUCGUCAAAAAAUGGUAGAGCUGAAUAAAGAAAUCAUGACUAGAAUUGUAGAUAUUGCUUUAUUAAUUGCUAAACAAGGUUUAGCAUUUAGGGGAAAGAGAAAUGAAGCGGCUUAUAAUUUGUCAGAUUUAACUUCAAAUUUAAAUCAAGGGAACUUUUUGGAAAUUGUAAAACUUGUGGAAAAGUAUGACUCAGUGUUACAAACACAUAUAAAUAAUUCCAUAAAAAAAAGUUUAAUUAAACAAGGAAAAACUGGACGUGGCUCAUAUGUUUUAAAUGGAAAAAUCAAUGAGAAAAUGGUAGCCUUAGUAGAAUCGACAUCUGGUACCGGAGAAGCGUUAUAUAAUGUCAUGAAAAAAGAAUUAGAAUCCUUAAAUAUCUCUUUAGCUAAUUUAAUCGGAGAAUCAUUUGAUGGCGCUGCUGCUAUGAGCGGCUGUUAUAACGGUCUUCAAGCACAUUUAAAAAAAAUUGCACCCGAAUCUAUAUUUACACAUUGCCACGCUCACGUAUUAAACCUUAAAAAUAGUAAGGACGCUGCAUUGAAAAAUAUUUUUGGUCCUUGGUCAGAGUCUAGUGAAACUAGUGAUCGAUAUGACGUUUUAUUGGAAUCUUUAUAUUUUCUUGGUUCAGAUAAAUCGAUUGAUUUAAAUACAUCAUCUGAUGCAAGGUUUUUAAUAGAAAAAUGGACAUCUUUUGAAACUAUCAUAACUUCAUUUAUAUUUUUUGAAAUUUUUCAUUACACUACUGCUGUUUCAAAAUAUCUUCAAUCUAAAGAAUUGGAUUUCAUUACUGUUAUAAAUCUAAUUAAGUCUUUACUAAGUGAUAUUAGAAAAGGAUCAUCGAAUUAUGACAAAGUUGAGGAAAAAGCUAUUAAUUUUAUUUCGAAAAACAGAUUGAGGAGUGCAAUGAAGGAGGAGUUAUUAGAAUCUUUAAUGCUAAUUAGCAUAGAAUCAGAUAUGAUUCCAGAAAUUCCAGAAAUCAUAGAUGCUAUUGGAAGAAGUUCUGGAACAUUUAAUAAGGCACAAGAAGCUAGUUUUUAUAUUGCCUAA